AUGGCGAUCUUGAUGAAGAAGUGUAUAUGCUUCCCCCCACCGGGAUAUCAUCGAAAGAUGGAGACUUUUGUCUACAAGCUCCAUAAAUCUCUCUACGGUCUCAAACAGGCCUUUCGCCAGGGGUUUUCCCAAUUUUCCACUGCUCUUCGUGAUAUGGGUUUCACUAGUUCUCAGGCUAAUCACUCAUUGUUCAUUCAACACCAUAAUGGUGCUUCCAUUUUCAUCCUCCUAUAUGUUGACGACUUUAUAAUAACUAGGACAGAUUCCUCUCUUAUUAGUGUUGUUCAAGACCAGCUUUGCCAACGAUUUCACAUUAAGGAUCUUGGUAUCCUCAAGUACUUUUUGGGCAUUGAAGUGGCACAUUCCAAGGCCGGCCUUUACCUCUGUCAACGCAAGUACAUUUUGGACAUUUUGAAAGAUAGUGGUCACACAGCCUGUUGCCCUGCUGAUACACCUAUGGAAUCUCACCUGCAACUCAAUGAUUCUGAUGGUUCUCCUCUAGAUGAUCCAUCCUCCUACCGUUGCUUGGUGGGACUGUUAAUCUAUUUAACCGUCACUCGUCCUGAUAUCAUCUACACAGUGAAUAUUUUGAGCCAAUUCAUGCAUCAGCCUCGCCAACCACAUAUGGAUGCGGCGUAUUGUCUGCUCUGCUAUCUCAAGGCUACAUCGGGACAAGGCCUUUUUUUCUCCUCCACAUCCACAUUACACCCCCAAGCCUACUGCGACUUGGACUGCGCAAGCUGCUCGAUGACACGGCGAUCAACAACGGGCUAUUGCAUCUUCCUUGGCACAAGCCCAAUCUCAUGGAAAACAAAGAAGCAAAAUACGAUAUCUCGCUCCUCCCCGGAGGCCGAAUAUCGGGCCAUGGCUAUGGCCACCUGUGAGAUUACUUGGUUGUCCUAUCUCAUGCGCGAUCUUGGAGAUCCAUUCAUUGAACCUGUGCCCUGGCAUUGUGACAAUCAAGUUGCCAUUCACAUUGCUACCAACCCCGUUUUUCACAAACGCACGAAGCACAUUGAGAUAGAUUGUCAUGUAGUUCAUGAAAAAAUCACCCAAAGCAUGAUUCACCCGAUCAAGGUAGCUUCGGACUUACAAAUCGUCGACUUAGUCACUAAAGCCCUCGACUGUGAUUCAUUCCAUCAGCAUGCGUCCAAGUUGAGUUUUCGCAAUCUCCAGGUUCCAACUGGAGGGGGGAGUCUUAGCGUGACAACUCACGCACACACAGCAUCCUUAUCAAUUCCCCUUGAUUGA